UGAUACGGAUUCAGAUAGUUCAUCAACUACAUCUUCCUCUUCAUGUUCUCCUUCAACAGUAUCUGAUGAAGAUGAUCAUCCAAAUGAGAAGGAUAACAGGUCUUACUGUGUUAAAACAAAAGAUGAGUUGCCUAUUGAUGAACUGCCUCCUGUUGAAGAAUUAUCAAUAAUUUUGCCUGAUGAUGUUGAACUGAAGCUCUUUGGGACAGUUUCCAGCAUCAUUGAGCAGUUAGUAAUAGUUGAAUCACUGAGAGGCCUACCUCCAGUAAAUGAGGAAAGCAUAAUUUUUAAAGAAGAUCGGCAAGCAGCAGGAAAGAUAUUUGAGAUAUUUGGUCCUGUUUUACAUCCCUUUUACGUGUUAAGAUUUAACAGCUCUGAGCAUAUCAAAGCACAAGGUAUUAAUGUGCAAGAUAGCAUGUAUUUUGCUCCAUCAGUGGAGGACUUCACCCAGUAUAUAUUUGCAGAGAAACUAAAACAGGAAAAAGGUUCAGAUGCAUCAUGGAAGAAUGACCAAGAACCACCACCUGAAGCCUUGGAUUUCAGCGAUGAUGAAAAAGAGAGAGAGGCAAAACAGAAGAAAAAGAAGCCUCAAAGUCAAGGAAGGAAGAAACUCAAAUCGGAAACAAAUGCAUCAAGUGAGAAUAAAGGACUUCAUCAAUCAAUGCAACAGCCUGCUUCAAGUUAUUCGAGGGGAUACCGUGGCAGAGGCUUCUCCAGGGAUCCAUUUCCUCCUCCAUCAGGCCCUCCAGGUUUUUUGAGACCACAAGCAAGACCAUCACAGCUAUACUCUUCAGACAACAGGAUACAUCAGGAAUCUCCAGUGUUCCCACAGCCUCAUAGAAAAGAAAACCCAAUGAUGCAACAGUAUCCCUUUCCUCCUCCAGUUUUUGAUUCUGUUAAUGAGAUGCAUCAAUUUCACCUUCCACCUUCAAAUCUGAAUAUGAUUUGGACAGGCCCAAACAUGUACAACUCAUCAUAUCCAUUUUUGCCGCCACCUCCACCUCCUCCAGAUAGCCAUCCUUCUCAGUUCAGGCCUUACUAA